AUAACACAUGACAAAGAAGUUCCUUCGAACAUAACAGUCUUUAGCCUUUUUCUGAUGUUACUGUCACUGGAAAUUUUUAAUAGCCUUUUGGAAACGUUGAAAGAAAAAAAGAUCUGGACGGACUUGCAAAUACUUUUUCAGCCAUCACUGGUUUCAGGCUUUCAGAUUCUUUCUUUCUUGUCGAUGCGUUAAACCUAUGGCCUGGUUGUGUCUAACAUUUCUUUUUUAAGCUUCAAUUUUUGUUAAAAUUACCAUUUUUCGUAUUUUUUUCUAAGAGCUUGGUUAGCUGGGGCAGUUACUGGAUCAUCCCGAUUUGUGAUUAUUUCCCAUCAAAUUCAAUUCAUGGUUCGAAGUUCGGCUUUUAAAGGUUUCUAGAGGAAGAAUGAUUGGAAUCCAAGCUUGAUUUUUUUCCCGGAAGCUGGAAUGGGCAAGAAAGGCAGAAUUUAUGGGCUGAUUUUCUCACUGUUAAUCUUUUUAAGCUCUUCAAACGCCUCUAACUCAACAGCAAACAGUUCCACUGCCCCAGAACAGGGUUCGCAAGUGAAUGAAACAAUAAGCAUCAAGGGAUUAAAUGAGAGUUCAGAAAUUGAAAAACAAAAGCCUAAAGAGACUCAGGGGAGUGAAGACUUGAGUAAAGUGGAUUUGAAGGGCUCCAAUACCACAGCAGAUGCUAUACCACCUUCGAAAUCAAAGAGUCAUGAAGAGAAAGGGAAAGUAGAGAAUGUCAUAAAGGCAGCCGAGGUCGAGGGUAAUGAGAGUUGUGAAGGGGCUUUACAAGAAUGCCACAUUAAGAAUACAUUGCUCGCCUGCAUACAAAUGCCAAAAAAUGGGUCAAAAGAACCAUUCCUUGUUCUUCAGAAUGAAGGAGAUAGCAGGCUGGAAGUGAAAAUAUAUACCCUGACAUCAGCAGGAAAAGAUUCUGCCACAGUCAAUACAAACCAAACAAUAAGGGUAAAUAUAUCAUCAACUUCGAGCCAAAGAUCCAAAACAGUAGUAGUUGAUACAGGCAUUAGUGGUAGAUGUGAGCUUCUUGGGUUGGGUCAUUCUGUCGCGCCUGUGGGCAACAUUGUCCAACAGUUGUCUCUAUACUCAAAACAAGUGACUCCCAUCUAUGGCGCCUACUUCCUGUUUCUGGUGGCACUAGUUUUUGGCGGGACAUGGGCUGCCUGCAAGUUAAGAAAAAAGAAACAGCCCGGCAGUGGAGGAGUUCCUUAUCAGGAACUUGAAAUGGGGUUACCGGAAUCUUCUGCUGUCAUACACGUGGACAACACGGCAGAAGGCUGGGAUCAGGUUUGGGAUGAUGACGAUUGGGAUGAGGACAAUGCGGUCAAUCCGCACCACCGUCUGGGGAACAUUUCUGCCAAUGGUCUAACUGCCCGGUCUGCAAAGAAAGAUGGAUGGGAUAACGACUGGGAUGACUAGUGAGUGAAGCAAGAAGGAAUUUUUUGGGAUCAAGAAACACAUACAAAUCAUACAAUUUCCAAAGGAGCCUAAAAUCUUGUAAUUUAUUGCUUAUGGGAUCGAUUGAUUCUACCACAGAAGUUUGCUGUAUCAUAAGGUAUAUGUUCUUGUGGAAUACCAAGAACCAGUUUUUUUUUAGCUUUUGUAUUGAGUUUUUUUUAUCUUUAUAGUAACUACUACUUCGUGGCUAUUAUUUUACAUGCUUUAUAUAAAAAACUUUUGAAAAAAUUAGCUUGAUGUGAGCACUUAUAGUUACACAGUUAUACGUAGUAGUUGGCAAUUUUGUUACAGGG